AUGCGUCUUCACGGUAUCAUCGCACUGCUGGCUGCUGCCGUCCUCCUCUCAGCUGCCGAUGCUGCAGCCGCAAAGACGUCCCCUCCAGCUAUCGCCCACUCGUUUAUUGCUGCCAAGAACGAUGCUCCGACCACGAGAAUGCUGCGGAAUGAAAACCGGGCGGAAGGUGACGACGAAGAAGAGCGCGCAAUUGGAGACGCAAUCGGAGGCGCAAUCACGGGACUGGCGUCCAAGGUCCAGCUGAAAUUCGACCUGCGCAAUCUGCUGAACGAGGGGAAGUCCGCGGACGACGCGCUUGCCCUUCUCAAGUUCGACGACAAAGUUGACGAUCUCCUGUCCAACCGACGGAAGCUGAAGAAACUGACCAAGUACGUUGCCCGCUACAAGAAUAAGUUCCCUGAAAGUGACGUGACGGUGGUGGGGACCCUCACCAACAAGUAUGGCGACCAUGCUCUGGCGGGCAUGCUCGAAGCAGCUAUGAGCUCUACCAAUCCGAAGACGAAGGCGCUGGCGGAGAAGCUGCAGGCCGAGCAAUUCCGUCUUUGGCACAAUAGCGCCUCUUACGGCGGUGUUUUCGGGAAACUGGAGCUUGACAUGGCGUACAACCCGCUCAAGGGCAACGUUUACAAAGCUUGGCGUAGCUACUUUAAUGUUUACAACAAUCACGCCGAAGCCAAGGCCAAGACCACAGAAUUCAAGGUACUGAAGAAGGUCUUUGGCAGACGUGACUUUGCCGGGAUGAUUCAAAAGGCGAAACACGACGAGGAGUCGGGUCUUAUUGCGAUGGAAUUCGAGCGUGAGCUCUUCAACUCGUGGAUUUCGAGGAAAAUCGCCCCCGAUGAAGUUGUGCCGAAAAUUUUCAGGAUGAAAUCCGAAGAAAAGCUUACAAAGCUCGACAAUGCCGUAACGAACGAGUACACAAGGUGGUGGGCGACAGCAGCGCGUGGGGCAGCUAAAAACCUAGCAAAACAAUGA